AUGGCGGCAGACACCGACUACGCGAGCAAGGUCGCAUCCCUUCUUUCGCAAUGCCUCGCGCGCAGGAUAGAGCCGAGCAAGUUCCUGGCCUUUGCACACCAAGCGAAACGCAGAUCAUCCCCGCCGGCCGAUGACCCCGACCCGCUGACGGCCGUCCUCGUAUCGAGGCUGCUGUCGUCCAGCGUCGUGGAUCCGCUACUGUCCGACUACCUUCGACAGGCCAUCUACGGGGCAACGGCGCAGUCAGGGACCUCGUCGGACGAAGGCCCAAUAUGCAAUGCUCUCGACGUCACCUUGACGCUGCUGGCUCACAGCUGGUCGCAGGUCCGGGCCGGUCAACGCAUCGAGGCGCUCUUAUCCGUGCUCGAGUGCGUGUCCGAGAUCGUCGGCCAGGGCUUCAUGAUGCUGUUCAGCACGCCUGGUGCUUUCAGACCAGACUCUGUCGCCUUUCGCCAGAAGAUCGCGGCCACGUUUCGACAGCCGCAGCAGCAGGCCGCCGCCGAGGACAGGCCGGACGCGGAGCCAGCGGCAUCGCAGUCGGCCCCCAUCGACGAGCACCAGGCCGCGCUGGGCUACCUCAGCAUCAACAUGCUGCUCGUGCAGCUGGCGUCGACGGCCAAGGUCGCCUCGCCGCACAACCUUCUGGCGCCCCGGAUUGGCAUGGCCCUAUUGACGCACUCGGCACUGCCCCUCCUCUCUGGCCUGCAGGAAGGCCUCUGCUCCGUGCAGACGGCCGGAGAGCCAUCUUCGACGUUCUCUUCUCAGGCUGCUGCCGCGGGUGCGUCGGUCAGGCAGAUCGUCGAGCUCAUCGAGACCACUCUAUCCACGCUCAACCCGACGUGGGAAGCGGAGAUCUCCUUGCUCAAAGAGCUCGGCGGGCAGCUCGACAAGCUCAGUCGCCUCUUUGAUUCAAGCUCAGGCGGAGGCGCUCUGGACGGCACGCUGGCAAAGAUGCUGGGCGAGGGUGGAGCUCUCGUCUCCGGCAAGCAGCCUGCCUGGGAUCACUUCAUCGAUGUCGCGGCGCUCUCGCAGGCAGGCGAGCAGGCGCAGCAACACCCCUCCACUCAGCCGGAGGUCGCUCUGCUGCUUCGCCGCCUGGUCGACUCCAAUAUGUCCUGGCCUUGCAAAAUGGAAGCGGUCCAGAUGUUGCUUUUGGCCCGACGCGAGCAGGCGGCACCCUCGGUGACGCUCGACCAGUCACUCACGGCCUUCUACUUCGAGCUACUCUCGGCAGCCGCGGAAGCAUGCUCCAUCGUCGUCGAGACCCCCUCGGCUCUCAAAGGCUCGGCCGAGACGUACUCGACCCUGUGGCGCAACGCCUUGUGCGGCCUGAUGCCCGAAGUGCUUGCGCAGAUCGAGCAGUGGCUCGAUUCGGGCUGCGCAAUCGCGCUGAAGGGCGAGAGGUGCAUGCCGCCCCACGCCCGGGUGGAGUCGGCGCUCAAGGCGCUGCUCAUCACGUCCUCGGACAAGCUGGAGGGCUGCGAAUCGACCGGGACAGCUGCGGCGGCAGCCACCCACGACGGCGACGCGAGGAUGGACAACAUGCUUGAUUCGGUCGUGGGGGCCGAGACCCCGACGCAUCAGCCGGUGCGGGCCUGGCUGCUCCGAUCGUUGAUCGAGAGCGCCCUUGCCCGGCCAGAGGCGAUCACGGACGAAUUCCCGGGAGGCCACAAGCUGGCGGAAGAGGUGCAGUCGCUCAGCCAGUCUCUCCGCAUGGAUGCUCAGCUCGAAGGGCUCGACAUCGCAUCGUCUCUGGAGAACAAGCUGGCGUCCGACGACCUGACCGAACUUCUCGACAAGGUCUGUCGCGACCCAGGCGUACACCACGCCUUCUCGCAGCAGCUGUUGCAGCAGCUCCACUACUGGCUCGAGGCGCAGGACUACGACUCGGUCUCGCGCUGCUGCAAGGCGCUUCUGGCCAACCUGCCGGCCCUCGACACCCUGACGCUCUACUUUGAUCCGGCCGAGCUCGCCACUAUGCUGGCGUCGCUGCUGGAUCGAGGCGAUGUCGGCCAAGCGAGCGAUGAGCCAUCGACGCUGUGCAACAUCCUCUUGCUCCUUCAGCUCGUCUGUCAGCGGUACAGCGUCGCAGCCGACGCCGUGGUCCCGUCGGACAACAGAGACUCUUUCUUCGCCCGUUUCCUUCGGGCGUCGUCCGUCGUCUACCGGCUCGCGGACCUGGCGCCCGACGAACGCUCGCUCGUCGGCAGGUGGAUAUCGGCGCUGUUUGACAACGAGGGUAUCUCGGACGAGCUCACACGCGACUCUUCUCCGCGAGCAUUGCUGCGGCUCGCCCCGACCCUCUUCUCGCAGUCGAUCAAUGCGUGCAAUUCGGGCAUCAUCGAUCUUGAAACCCUGCGCGGCGGCCUUUCGUACUUCCUGCAGGAUCUGCUGAGCUACACCUUGCCGGCGGCGAUGCGGUGGCUUCUGCAAGAGGUGCAGCGCGUGCCGCUGCUCCCGCUCCUGUCUCGGUCGUCGACGUCGGAAGAGGUCCUGCUCAGCAGCGGCCUCGGCAGGGAUGCGACGUCGAGGACCGUCCACCUGGCCGUCGUACAGCUCAUCCUCGGCUCUGAGACAUGCCCGCCGGCGGUGCGCCACACUGUCGCCGCCGAUUUUGAGCGCUUCCUCGCUCAGCCUGACCUGGCCAGGUCCCUAAAGGGAACCGACGGCUUCGACCUUGGCUCGCUCAAAUCCGGGAUGGAAGGUUUCGGCAUGACGUCUGGCGGUCUGGCCAAGGCUUCCGUCUGGUUGAGGACGCAACUGGGAUCUCUAGCGACGUCGAGGCUGCUGCUGACCGUCGAGCCUGCCAGCUCUUUGCAGCAGUGGGGCGCCGAGGCUGCGGCGUCAGGGGUCUUGCAGCAGAUGGGCGCAAACAGGAGCGCCGAGAGCAUCCAAGCGCUGUCCAUGCUCCUCGCCCUUGCGUCGACCGGCGAUGCCAAGGCGAUUCCCUACGCUUCGGUCAUACCUCUGCUCGCUGUGCUGCAGCACGUCGACCUCGGUGCGGUAGAGGACAAGGAGAGCGUCGUGGCGGUUGCCCAGGUGGUCGGACUCUCGAUGGUGCUGCUGCGCAGCCUCGCCUCGGUCCAGACGACGCGAGUGACGGACAUGGAGGCGAUGGUGGACGCCGGGGAGCCAGCCGUGCCAUUGUCGACGCAGUCGCCGACGCCCGCGAGCCGGAUCGUCGACCAGCUGGCGAGCCUCGUGAUGCUCAAGCUCGCGCGGCUGUCCCAGUCGAGGGGCGACCUGUGCAAGGCCUUUGUGGAUGCGCUGCGCAACGCCAAGGCCGAGGUCGAGGAGCCAGCGUUGCAGCCGGUGCUGCGCGUCCUCGAGACGGUGGCGCCGCUGGUCGUCGGCCAGGUCUCGCAACCGGCCUCGAGCCGUACGGCGGUCACGGCAUCAUGA